CGCGUGGACGGCGGAGCGUUGUGUGCGUGGCGAGGGGGAGUGGAGCGCCACCACGCCGAGGGCCGUGGACGGCUCGGCGGCUAGCGUGCAGCCGGUGAUCUACCAUGAAGGAGGGCACGCCUGCCGAACCUAGGUCAACCCCGAGGUCAGCGGAGGCAGCCGGCGGCGGCGGCGGCGGCGGCGGCGGCGCGGCCCCCGUCACCAACUUCGAGUACGACGACAACGAGUGGGACGUGGGCAUCGGCGACCUCAUCAUCGACCUGGACGCCGACAUCGAGAACAACAACGACAGCGCGCCGACGGCGGCGCCGGCGGCCGGUGACGGCGCCAAGAUGGGCGUGCGCGCGCAGCACUCCAGUUCCAUGGACAAGGGGCUCAAGAUGAAGAUCAAGCGCACUUCCAAGCCGGGCCGGUCGUCCGAGGCCAAGCACGAGAUCGUGCACGUGGAUAGCGCGGCGCGGGCGGCGGCAACGGCGGCGGGGGCGGGGGCGGGGGCGGUGGCCGGCGUGGCCGAGCCCAGGGUCGCAAAAGUGGUGGGCAAACGUGCCGUGCACAAGAAAGAGCGCCGUGACAAGGACGCCGUCAAACAGGAGAGGUGCGAGAACGGCGUGAGUGGUGGUGAACGCCAGGAGGACGGGCCGGCCACCGAGCACGAGGAGCCCGCGCCGUCGCCGCCGGCCAAGCGGCACAAGACGGAUUCCCCCACUCAGGUAUGCGUCUGCCGGCCUGGCGUUUUUGUGGCCGUGUCUGGCUUUGUCGGCCAUGGCACCGCCGGCCUGCGGCCCGCACACCUGCGGCAAUUCCUGAAGUGGAAUUACGGCCUGCGCCGUUGA